AUGAUGGGCACGUACCCCCUAACCCAUCACCAGAAGCUAGCAUUCAAGCUAUCUGCUUUCGACUCAUCUGCAAACCUCUUUGCUAUAUUGUAUUUUCCAUCUAAAUUUCUUGCGAAGAAAAAUGGUAGGCAAAUUGCCAGAGGAAGAGCACAUCCCAAACAGGCAUUUGGAUGGGCUGCAAGAGACGAAUCUGGUGUCCUUUCUCCCUUCAACUUCUCUAGGAGGGCAACAGGAGAGAAAGACGUUUGUUUCAAGGUUCUUUACUGUGGAAUGUGCCACUCGGACCUUCACAUGGUCAAGAAUGAAUGGGGCAUUUCCACUUACCCUCUUGUCCCUGGACAUGAGAUUGUGGGGGUGGUGACAGAGGUUGGCAGCAAAGUGGAAAAAUUCAAGGUGGGAGAUAAAGUUGGUGUGGGCUGCAUUGUGGGAUCAUGCCACUCCUGCCAUAACUGCACGAACAAUCUUGAAAAUUACUGCGCAGAAAUGAUACUCACCUAUGGUGCGAAGUACUAUGACGGAACCAUCACUUACGGCGGGUACUCUGACAUCAUGGUUGCCGAUGAGCACUUCAUCGUUCGUAUUCCAGAUAGCUUGCCUCUUGAUUCUACUGCUCCUCUCCUUUGUGCUGGAAUCACGGUGUACAGCCCCUUAAAAUAUUAUGGACUUGACAAGCCCGGCAUGCAUGUGGGCGUAGUUGGCCUCGGUGGGCUAGGUCAUAUGGCAGUGAAAUUUGCCAAGCGUAUGGGGGUUAAGGUGACUGUGAUUAGCACCUCACCUAGCAAGAAACAGGAGGCUGUUGAACAUCUUGGUGCUGAUUCAUUUUUGGUUAGCCGUGACCAAGAUCAAAUGAAGGCUACAAUGGGCACAAUGGAUGGUAUAAUUGAUACGGUGUCUGCAACGCACCCUCUAUUACCUUUGAUUGGGCUAUUGAAGACUAAUGGAAAGCUGAUUUUGGUUGGUGCUCCAGAGAAGCCACUUGAGCUAGCAGCCUUUCCUUUGUUAAUGGGUAAUUGUCCAUUCCUAUAUGUCUCCUUCUUACUCAUAAUUCAAAUAAAAAUUAAUUAACAAUGUCAAAUAUAUAUUUACUAUUGACAGGAAGGAAGAUGGUGUGAGGUAGUGGCUUUGGGGGAAUGGAGGAAACACAAGAAAUGAUUAAUUUUGCAGCCAAACACAACAUAACAGCAGACAUUGAAGUUAUCCCAAUUGAGUAUGUGAACACUGCCAUGGAACGCAUGUUGAAAGCUGAUGUUAGAUAUCGAUUUGUUAUUGAUAUUAGCAACACAAUCAAGUCUACCCACUGAAUUUAAUUUAUAUAUGUAUUUCAAUUUUUAUGUAAUUGUUAUGUUUGAGGAUUUUGUGGUCUACUCCCUCAUAAUAAAAUAUCAUUAGGAGCAAUUUUAAUAAA